AUGCGACGUAUGAAAUUCGCGAACCUUUUUUCAUUGAAAUACGCAGUCCAAAAGCGAACUCAGUUUAAGAUCUUUCAGGUGUGUUAUGGAUUCGAAUCAGAUCCCAUCGAGCAAAUCUGCGAUCGACUUGAUCGCCAAGAAUUUGUGGAAAUUCUGAAGAAGAUGCUGGUGUUGAAUCAGGACUUCCGCCUCACUCCUCUGGAAGGCCUUGAGCACAAAUUUGUUACAAUGGCUCACCUUCACGCGUAUGCCAAUACAAACUAG